AUGGAAACAAGUUCAUCAAUGCCAGCUAUCUGGAAUGAUCAAUUCCGAUCAGAUGCCAAACAAAUAGUUCGUUUAGCUCUUCCAUAUAUAUUUAGCUAUGUUCUGGAACUAUUGCUUAUGCCAACAGUUUCUAUUAUUUUUAUGGGAUGGGUCGGUCAAGUAGAAUUCAAUGUGUGUGCAAUAGCACGAAUUUUCUAUUUACUAUUUGGGUCUGCCGGUCAUUUGGGUCUGACAUUUGCCUGUGACACUCUACUAAGUCAAGCUUAUGGUGGUAAUAAACGUCAAAUGGGGAUUGUACUUCAACGAGCCAUAUUGAUCGCAAUGUAUAUUGUUAUAUUCUCAUGGAUAUUUUUGAUUAAUAUUCAAUAUUUGACGCGAUUUAUAAAAAAUGAUGAACAAUAUAUUCAGUUGAUAAACGAAUAUUUGACAUUUGCAAUAGUGACAGUACCCUUCGAAGCAUUCUCGAUACUUGUUCAAAAAUUCACAGUGAACCAUGGCAUAACAUGGCCACUUUUAGUCGUAAAUACAAUCGGUAACAUAAUUAAUAUAAUAGCUCAUUAUAUUUUGCUGCACAUAUUUAAUCUGGGUGUUCGAGCGCCUCCAAUCGCUUUUAGCUGUGCUUAUUUGAGCAUGGCUGUAUCAUGUAUUAUAUAUAUUCGUUGGUCAUCGAUCGCAAAAGAGACAUGGCAUUCACCAACGAGAGAUUGUCUCCAAGAAUGGAACAUGUAUUUGAAACUCGGCAUACCUGGUAUAAUAAUAAAUUUUAUUCAAUCCCUUGUUUAUGGUGGUUCAGUUUUACUAUCGAUCUUAUUUGGUGCAGAUGCAGUAACAGCACAAGGUGUCGUCUUUCAUGUUGAUUUCUUUCUCUUUCUCAUUUCGCUUGCAUUUGCUGGUAGUUCUAAUAUUGUUAUUGGACGAUAUCUUGGAGCUCAACAAUAUGAUAAAGCACAACAAGCUAAGAAUGUCGUUUAUAGAGUAGCAUUAAUUGCUAUUCUUCUUAUUCUGAUAUUUGGUUUUUCUCUGUGGUAUUGGAUUCCAUAUUUAUUUCAUACACCUGAAUCAGCUCUAAAACAAACACGAAAAUUAUUGGCUAUUGUUAUCGGUUUUUGUGGACUUGAUUUUUAUCAUUUAUCACAAGCAAGUAUGCUUAAAGCGUGCGGUAAACAGCAUUUCGAUGCUUUUGUUUCAUUUUUGACAUAUGUGAUUCUGGGAGUUCCAUCUGGAAUUAUUUUUAUUGCUGUGUUACAUCUUGAAAUGAUCGGCUAUUGGUCAGCUCUUCUUUUAUCACUCUUGGUCACGAAUACUGUCUAUUUUAUUUAUAUUCGACAUAUCAAUUGGCAAGAACAAGCAGAAACAGCUCAACAACGUGUUUCUGGAAAUAUUAAUACGGAUGAACAAACAAUGCCGCUAAUCAAUUCUCAUAGGCAACAGCCAGAACGAUUAUUUGACUUAAUCAAAUAUAAACUACUUGUCUUUCUUUUAUUCCUAUCUCUAUUUAUUUGUUCUGUACUUCUAUCGCGGAAAUUUCACAAAUAA